CAGUGCGUGUUUCUGAUACCUUCCCUUUCUCUGGGCACAUUCCACUUCUCUCACUCCUCCCACUUCUAAAACCCUAAACCAUUACUUCUCUCUAAAAUAGGAAACCCUAAAAUCCUCUCACUGUUUCAGCAAAUAUACCAUUUCCCGGAGAAUCACUAUGUCCAAUCCAACAAAUAACUCAAUGCUCCUCAAAAUUACAGAGAUUCAUGGAAGAGGAAGAUCUCUAGUUUCAACUCAACCCUUGAAAGCAGGUCAAGUAGUUCUUCAAGACUCACCAAUCCUUCUCUACCCAGCAACAACUCCCUCCAAAAAUGGUGAAUUCUCAAAUUUCUGUUCUAAUUGCUUCAAAAUAUUGCGUGUUAACACUACUAAUUCCAAUAAUUUGAAUUCAUGUCCUUCAUGCUCACAUCAUGCUCUCUUUUGUAACCCUAAUUGUCAAAAUUCUGCUUUAUCUGGGUCUCAUUCUACUUGGGUUUGUCAAGCUCUAAACUAUAUCCGUUACUCUAGUCCCAAUCUCCCUUUCCUCCAAGAUCCUGAUACUCAAAUUCAAGCUCGUUUCCUUGUUUCCGCUUACAAUCUUGCAGUGACCUCGCCAUCUAAUUUUCAGUUAUUAUUAUCUCUUCAAGGAGAAGCCCCUUCAAUUCCAAACCUGCAAACUCAGGCUCUCCAUUCAUUUAUUGCUUCACUUUCACCUCCUCAGUCUGGUUUUGGAUUCUCUCCUGAACUAACUGCUGCAUUGCUUGCCAAAGAUAAGCAAAAUGCAUUCGGAUUGAUGGACGACAAUAGCAACAGUGAGAGAACUGUGAGAGCGUAUGGUAUUUAUCCUAAAGCGUCGUUCUUCAAUCAUGAUUGUCUUCCGAAUGCUUGUAGAUUUGAUUAUGUCGACAGUAGGAAUAGUGGUGGCAGUGCUGUGCCUGAUAACAUAACUAAUAAUACCGAUAUCAUUAUUAGAGUCAUUCAUGAUGUUCCUGAGGGAAGGGAAAUAUGUCUGAGUUACUUCCCAGUAACUUGGAAUUAUCUAGAGAGGCAAACAAGGUUGAAGGAUGAUUAUGGUUUUGAAUGUGACUGUGAUAGAUGUAAAGUCGAGGUUAAUUGGAAAGAGGAAGAUGAUAAUAGUGGUACUGGAAUGGAACCUGAUAACGAUGAAGCUAUGGAAGGUUCUGAUGAAGAUGCAAACGAAGCAGAUAAUGACUUUCCCCACGCUUAUUUCUUUGUGAAAUAUGUUUGUGAUGGAGAUAAUUGUGGGGGAACGUUGGCUCCAUUACCACCUUCACAGGACGGCUCACCAUCUGAUGUUUUGGAAUGCAAUGUUUGUGGACGGUUAAGGAAAGGAGAUGAUAUGGACGGAGAUAAUGAAAACGAUGAAGAUGGUGACAUGUUGGAAGGAUAAGUUUGAGCUGCUGCUGUCAAGUGCCAAGGUGAGUCCUGGUUUAUUUAUCGGUUCUGUGUCAUUUAGUUUGUUGCUUCCUCAACUCUGUUUGUGUGUUGUCACAGUUUUGUGUUACUUAGUGACAAUUCAACAUAUUUCUAUUUGCGCUAGUAAUAUUAUAGUGUUUGCGAUGUGUACUAUCUCAGGUCCUAAAACUAUUACCUUUCGUGGUUUUGAAAUUGCGUUAUCAUUGUUUGUGUUGGAUAAGCAUUUUAUGAAUGAAUGUGUUUUACCUGAA